CGUGUUUAAUCACUCACCAACGACCGAUGGCGUCUCUGGGAGGAUCAUUGCGCGUGACCAGAAGCAUUGGCAGCGGGAAGAUGGCGGAGGGGAUGAGCCACGGCGGGUUGGGGUCCUGGCCGCAGGCGCCGGCGCCCGUGAGGCAGCUCUUCUGGAGGGUGAGGCGCGCCGUGCUGCGGCCGAAGCGUCGUGCCGUGAGUUUUGGGUACGAUCUCAAGAGCUACUCCCAGAACUUCGACGAUGGCCUCGUCCCUGCCCACCGCCUCUAGCAACACCCGCGGCGUCUUCUUCAUAUUAUUUUCAAUUUUACUUGCCGCCCGGCCGGAGCAUGGCUUGAGCCUGGUGAUUU